AGACGGGGGCGGGAGGCGCCUGGCCUGGAGCCGAGCCUGGAGCCGUCCCGACCCGGCCGGGCCUGGGAGCCCGGGGGCGCGGGGGGGGGGAGCCGAGAGAUCCCGAAGGGACACCGAGUCCCUUCCGGGUCCCAGGUGUCCUUUGAACCGCGGGAGGGGACUUGGUCCCCAUUUCCUGAGCCGCAGUGCGGACCACAGCCCCUUCAUCUGAGCCCCAGCGGGGACCCCAGGUCCCCCUCCUGAGCCUUGGGGGUGUCUCUCAGCCCCUAGGGCAGACCUUCUCUGGUCUCUUCUCUGAAUGGCCAGGGAGACCCCCCCGUCCUGAAUUCCAGCAGGUCCCCCGUCUCCUGUCUCUGAACCCCAGCCAGGACUCUGCCGGUCGCCCCUGUCAAACUUGGGGGGAUCCUGCUGCCUCACUGAGACUCCGAAGUAAUUCUGACCCCCGCUUCUGAACUCCCUGCACCCCAAAUUUUCCUCUUCUGAACCCCAGAGGGGACCCAACUUCUCCUUCCCCAGACUCUGAGCCCCAAAGAAGCCAGGAAGCAUCUCCUCUCAAACACAGAGGGGACGUCAGCUCCCCUUCCUGUGUACCCCAAACUCUGAGCCCUAGUGGGAAGCUCGGAUUCCCUCCCCCCAAGGAAACACAGCUUCCCUUUGGUGAUUCCCUCCAGCGGGGACCCCAGAGCAGCCCCUCAGAGCUUCAGCUGACAAUCAGUUCUCCUGCUUCUGGAGCUCUCAGGCCCCCCUCCUGGGUACUAGCCAGGUUGUAGCUGUGAGGCUGGGGGAACCUAGCUUUAUCUCUAGUCUCGUCUUCUUUGCUGAGCUUCUGUGGGUACCCCAGGCUCUUCUCUGAACCUCAGAGGGUUCCCGGCAGAGGAUCUAGGUCCCAGAAGUGACCUCGAUUUCCUCAUUUGAGGUUCCAGGGAGGAUUCAGAUCUUCCCGUUUCACAGACCAGUGGAAACUGAGCCCCUCACCUGCUUCAGGACCCCAGGCGCUUCCUUCCUCACUCCCACCCCUAAGGAGCCCGCCUCAGCUCUGCCUCCUUUGCACCUGGGCCCCGUCGCCCGCGACGAGGAGGAUGAUGUGGUCCAACUUCUUCAUGCACGAGGAGGACCGCCGGCUGGGGGCCGUGGGCCGGCGGCGAGCUCACGGGGCGCGCAAGGCCAGGAUGACCCCUGAGCACGAGGGGAAGAUCACGCUGGCGCUGCUGCUGGCCUCCGUGGGUGCCACGCUGGCAGUGCUGGCCGUGGGCACCGAGUUCUGGGUGGAACUCAACACCUACAGGGACAACGGCAGUGCCGUCUGUGAUGCCGCCCACCUGGGGCUCUGGAAGGUGUGCACCAAGCGGCUGUGGCAGGCGGACGUGCCCGCGGGCAGAGACACCUGCGGCCCGGCGGAGCUGCCCGGAGAAGCAAACUGCACUUACUUUAAAUUCUUCACCACGGGAGAGGAUGCUCACAUCUUCCAGAGAACUACGAAGAAAGAGGUAAAUCUGGCAGCUGCGGUGAUAGCAGUGCUAGGCCUGGCAGUCAUGGCCCUGGGGUGCCUCUGUGUCAUCAUGGUGCUCAGCAAAGGUGCAGCGUUCCUGCUCCGGGUUGGAGCCAUCUGCUUUGGCCUCUCAGACAUCAAGCUUCCAUCAUCAGCUCUGCCUCCAAGUCAGCCGGGAGAGUUUUCUGGUCCCUACAUGGUCAAACUGGGACUGUCAUGGCGCAAUGGAAAGGAGCAAAAAGGCGGACUGCUGCUUCUGGUCAGCCUGGAGGUGUUCCGCCAUUCCGUGCAAGCCUUGCUGCAGAGAGUUGGCCCUGAGCCUCCCCCGGCCCCGGCCCUGACCUAUGAAUACUCCUGGUCUCUGGGCUGUGGCUUGGGGGCCGGCCUGGUCCUGAUCCUGGGGAGUGGCUUCUUUCUCCAGCUCACCCUGCCUCCCUGGCCCUGGGGCUCCCUCUGUCCCAAGUGGGGGCACAGGGCCACCUAGGGCCACCGUUGUGCUUUCUCUAAGCGACUCCCAAACCCUUCUCCUUUCUCCAUUGUACCCCUCAGAAUCUUUUGCCCCAUGUCCUAGAGAAACUGUGUUCUCCCUGCUCUGGGGGCCCAUGCUGUUUGCACAGAACUGCCCCUCAGGCCCUCAUCUUUUUCCUCUGUAAAUAUGUUUUUCUCUGGGGCUGAAUUUGGGUUGCUUAGGAGUGGGGUGGGGAGAGGAUUUUUGCAAACGAGGGUCCCCAGGGAAGGCUGGUGGGGACCUGAUGGGGUA